GCCAAACAGCCUCUUAAGGUUUCCGGUGAAAUUAGACUCCGGUUAGGCGGCCCAUGCCCCAUGGCAUGGUUCGACCUGCAAUCUGGACGGCUAGUCACAUUUGCCCACCAAGAAGCUACAGAGAUAACUUGAACUUGGCCUCCAAGAAGCUAGAAUGCCUUUCUUCCCUGAAGAAAUGCUCUUCCAUGAAAGAGAUCUUUCAAGUUCAUGCUCAGAUCCAAAUCUUUGGACUCCACCGUGACCCCAAUUUGAUGGAUGAAAUCAUCCAAUUUUGCGCUUCGCGUCCCUCGGGAAGCUUGAGUCAUGGCCGACUCCUUGUCGAGUACUCCGAUAACUUGGCCGUGCCUUCGUGGAACAAGCUCAUCAGAGGUUAUGCUACGAGCAGUUUCCCGAUAGAAGCCAUCCGGGUUUUCCUUGCAAUGAGAUUCCGAGGUGUUUGGCCCAGUAGGCUCACGUACCCCUUCCUUUUCAAGGCCUGCACUACGCUUUUAGCCCUCAAAGAGGGCCAGCAGAUACACGUAGACACCGUCAAGCAUGGUUUGGAUUCCGAUGUUUAUGUUCGGAACACUUUGAUUCGUCUCUACGGGUCGUGUGGGGAGUUUGUCGAUGCACGCCAGGUGUUCGAGGAAAUGACGCACAGGACUAUUGUCUCUUGGAAUUCCGUUAUUUCUGCUGGUGUUGAGAAUCUGAAGUUCUUUGAGUCGAUGGCGCUUUUUGUUAGGAUGAGAGAUUCUGGGUUUGAGCCUGAUGAAACCACAAUGGUGAUUUUGCUUUCAGCGUGUGCAGAGGUGGGGAACCUGGACUUGGGGAAAUGCGUUCAUUCUCAAGUAAUAGAAAAAGGAUUGCUUGUAAACUGUGAAUUAGGCACUUCCCUUGUCAAUAUGUAUGCAAAGUGCGGAGAUCUUUAUUGUGCCAGUCAAGUGUUUGAUCGGAUGAUUGUAGGAGAUGUAUGGACAUGGAGUUCACUGAUCAUGGGAUUAGCACAGCAUGGGCUUGCCAAGGAUGCCCUCCACAUUUUCAAGAGAAUGCAGCAUUGUGGAAUACAACCUAACCAUGUAACCUUUCUAGGGAUCCUCUGUGCUUGUAGCCAUGCUCGACUUGUGGAGGAGGGGCGCCAAUUCUUCCACGACAUGCAGCAUGUGUACGGGAUCAAGCCCACAAUGGCACUCUAUGGUGCUAUGGUGGAUUGUUUGGGUCGUGCCUGCCAUCUUAGAGAAGCAUAUGACUUUGUUAUAAACAUGCCUGUUGAGCCAGAUGCAGUUGUCUGGAGGACCUUGCUUAGUGCAUGCAACAUUCACGAUUGUAACGACUCUGGUGGGGUGGGAGAGAAGGUAAGAAAGAAGUUAUUUGAAUUGGAGCCGAAGAGGAGUGGGAACUUCGUGAUGAUAUCGAACAAAUAUGCUGAAGUUGGAAUGUGGGAGAAAAUGCAUCAUGUGAGAAGCGCGAUGAGAGACGGAGGGUUGAAGAAGGUAGCCGGGAUGAGCUAUGUUCAGGUUGGUGGGUCUACGUAUAGAUUUCUUUCUAGGGAUCACUCUCAAGUUAAUUCUGAAAACAUCUAUCUCUUACUAGAUGGAUUAUAUCUGCACAUAAAAGACGAUGAAGAGUGACUAAACUAUUUGUUUCCCAUGCUAUUUCUUUUUCACGCACAAUGCUUUUGUAUAGGUGCUCAUUCUCUUGUGUUUUGAAAGUAUGCUGCAAGUUGUUUGGAUUGCUUCCUAAUCA